CAUAAACUGUGUCAGAUGAAAAAAAAAACAGAUCGGGCGUUAACCUUCGUUGGAGCUGCGAAGAGAGAGAGAAAAGGUGUUUGUGUGGCUAUAGUUUCAUAUGGCGCCGCAGAGAAAUCAGCAGGAAAUACUUCCUGAAACCUAAAGCUACAGUUCAUCUCUGAGCUGCAAACAUGCAUGUCGAGGGGUAAAAGAAGCAGCACAUGGAUGUCUGGAAAGAAAAAAGCAUAAAGAAGACGAUCCAAGGAGGGUUCUUAAGGCUGCAGCAUCCACAUCGGAGCCUCAGCAAACACAAACCAACAGAGAUCUCAGUCUGGUUGGACAAGAAGAGGUUCUGCCGGGCUUCAGCCAGCAGAAACAAGAGACUAUGGAACUGAAAGCCGAAGAAAAGGAAAUCGGGAUCAACCCCCCUGCUGAAACUGUGAAAACUGAAGAUUAUGAAAAGAAACUCGAGUCUUCGCCGCUUAAUCAAGUCAAAAUUGAAGAAGAUGUGAAGGCAGAACCUUCAACCAGCAGCUCUGCUCAGCACAUAAAAACAGAAACAGAAGAAGACUACUGCGGAGGACUGGAUCCAGACAAUAACCCUGAUCCAAAUAAUAACUUAAAACUAAAUUCAAAUGAAAGUGAUUCACAAUCUUCAGAAACUGAUUUAAGCAGCAACGGUUACUGGCAAAUAUCUGCCGGUUCUGGACUCGAAACAGAAAGCGGUGCUUGGAAGCAGACCAUUAUACUUGAGCCGGGCGGUAAGAAAACAGCUGCGAUACCCUUCAGCUGCUCCGAGUGCGGUAAACAGUACCGCCACAAGUGGUCCCUGAAGAAGCACCUGGGGGUCCACUCUGGGGAAAGGCGUUUUCUCUGUAAGAAUUGCAGUGAAACUUUUAGCGAAUAUGUGCAACUGAGGACACACAUGAAAAUACAUGCAGAGGAGAAACCUUUCCUCUGCGAUGUUUGUGGUAAAGGUUUUCGCAGAACGGGCGACCACAAAGCACACAUCAGAGUUCAUGCCGAAGAAAAGCCACUUACCUGUAGCAAAUGUGGAAAAGGAUUUUAUUAUCAGAUGAACCUUAACAAACACAUGAAGGUCCACAGAGACAAACCUUUCAGCUGCGAUCUGUGCGGUAAAACAUUUAACGUUAAAUCACGUCUUAGGAUGCACAUGCAAAACCACACGAAAGACAAACCAUUUAGCUGUGGAGUUUGUGGGAAAAGUUUUAAUUUUAAGUCACUCCUAAAGACUCAUAUGAUCACCCAUUCUGUAGAGAAACCUUUCAAUUGUGACGUUUGCGGUAAAAGGUUUCGUGCAGAAGAGCAUCGUGAGACACACAUGAGAAUCCACACUGGAGAGAAACUUUUUGACUGCGGUUUUUGCGGCAAAAAGUUUCUCCGCAGCGCAAAUCUUAAGACACACAUAAGAAUCCACACAGGAGAGAAACCGUUUAUUUGUGAUUUCUGUGGCAAGACUUUUAGUUCUCAAGGGAGUCUUGUGAAUCACAUGGUGGUCCAUGCGGCUGAAAAACCUUUUGCUUGUGAUGUCUGUGGAAAAACAUUUCGCAGACCAGUAGAGCUUAAAAUACACACCAGGGUGCAUACGGGCGAGAAGCCGUUUGGAUGCGAUAUCUGUGGGAAACAGUUCAGUCAAAGCUCACAUGCUAAGAUACACAUAAGAAUGCACACUGGAGAGAAAUCAUGUGCCUGUCACGUUUGUGGUAAAGCUUUUUGUGAGCGAGGGUCUCUUUCACAGCAUAUGAGAGUCCACACAGGAGAAAAACAAUUUCCCUGUGAUUUCUGCGACAUGCAUUUUAACCGUAAGUAUAAGCUAACAACUCACAUGAAAACACAUGUAGAAAUUCAGUCUGAUGCAGGAAAACCUGGCCAGAGUGGUUUAUGCUGACAAACCUGUGUUUGUCUUUUUGUAGCUGUCUAAAUGUGGAUUUUCUAAAAAAAAAAAAAAAAAAAGAUUUGGCUUUCAUUAGUGAAUCAUCAUGCCCUCAGGGUAUUUUCAAUAAAAACAUUUUUCUGAUGGACAAAAACCUAUUUCACAAGUUUUGCCUCAAUGCUGUGCUCAAAUACUGGACACCACAUUGGAAAAUGCACAUCACCUGUAUUAAAACUAGAAGAGCCAAGACUUCUAAUAAUAUUUAAUUAUACAUUCUUCUGCAUGCUGUUUGAGUAGCAAUAAUUUUUUGGGAUACUUUCAACAGUGAAAUCAAAGAUGUGUUAUGAUCUUCAGGCUGGAGACCGAGGAAUUUACAGACAGGCUGGCAGAUUUUCAUAUUUCCAUUGAGAGGAAGUUGACAUAGUUGGAAUUUGAAAAUCAGUGGGGAAAAUUAGGAUUGAGUGAUUUGGAGAUAAAGUUGUCAGUGAAAGGCAGAGAUGUCUUGGACAUGUGAAGAAGUGGGACACUUGCAUAAAUGAUGUGAAAGAUGAAAACAGUGAACAUGUAAAGGGUUUAAUAAAUUAUCUUUAAGUCUGAAUUUAGCCAUCAUUUUCCAGAUCAGGAUAAAUAUAAAAUGAACUGGAGAAUGGAAAAAUGUUUGAGUUUCCAGGUUUCAAUUCUUGUUCUGUUAAUUAAGAGCUACAGUUAGAGGUUUAAAAUGAAUUUAUAUCCACUUUGUUGAAAUUUCUGUCAUAUGUAUUGACCAGGUUAGUUUUACAGAAAAUAUUGUGAAAAUGCAUGUUUUUACUGAUCUUCAGCCUGCUGCUGGUCCACCUGAAUUUUCCCACUGUGGGACAA